AAUUCUUCCCCUCACCCUCUAUUAAUUGUUAGAGUUUGCACGCAAACCAUUCGCCAUGAAUUCUCAAGGCUCAAAGUAAAGUCACACUGCAGAAGAAAAAGGCUUCUGGGUGACUUUUGAUCUUGUUCUAGUGAGGUGUUUAGAGCUGAAUUUGUUAAUUAAUGGCGGAUUUGGUAGGGCCUAGAUUGUACAGCUGUUGUAAUUGCCGAAACCAUGUUUCACUUCAUGAUGAUAUAAUUUCUAAGGCUUUUCAGGGAAGACAUGGCCGAGCUUUUCUGUUCUCCCACGCGAUGAAUGUUGUUGUCGGGGCAAAAGAAGACAGACAUCUGUUGACUGGACUGCAUACUGUUGCUGACAUCCAUUGCAGUGAUUGCCGUGAGGUGUUGGGGUGGAAAUAUGAACGAGCUUAUGAGGCAUCACAGAAGUACAAGGAAGGGAAGUUCAUAUUUGAGAAGUCAAAAAUUGUGAAGGAGGAUUGGUAGCAGCAAAGCAAUAGCAAAGGGUCCUGCCAUUCAUUCCUAUUGAUGUAAUUAAGUGUACCGAAGGCAUCAUCCAUUCCUAUUGAAUGUGGCAUUGUUGUUUGUACAGAAACUUGACAUUUUCCUUGAAAGUUUGUAAUUGUCUCUUGCCAUGUGCUUUGAAUGAACCCAUUGUAGAUGGAAACCAUCAUCAAAUUUAUGUGUUAAUAAAUACAGUUGUCUGAAGA